UGUGUGUACAAAAUGUGUACUUCAAGCAGGAACUGCUUCACUCAAGACUCAGGGAGGCCAGAGUACAUGCUAACAAAGCUGCAGGAGCAUGUGACCAAGGCAGGGUUUAUACAGAUGCAGCUAAAAGAGCUGCAGGAGGAACUGCUCCAUCUGAAGACCAAGCUUCUUCCUUUUGCAGACACCAUGCCAAACUUUGCUUUGGAAUCACAGGGUGCCACUAUCGUCCAUCAUCUUACAUCAGAAACCUAUCAAAUCCUUCCGCCACUGGUGACAUUUUGGGGUUUGCCUUUAUGGUAUCCAGCUGUAACGCCCCGUAUUCUAAUCCAGGGACACUCCACGCCUCUGACACCAGGUCACUGCUGGGCCUUUGUGGGUAGACAGGGAUACGUAUUUAUCUCCCUGUCACACCCAGUCAUUGUGACACAUGUGACCCUGGGCCACAUCUCAGGCAUGCAGUCUCCCACUGGCUUUCCUUACAGUGCUCCAAAAAUGUUUUCCGUCUAUGGACUGAAGAAAGUGAAUGGGGAAGCAACCUCCCUCGGAACCUUUGUGUAUGAUGCAAAUGGGGAAUCACUGCAGACCUUUAAAUCCUCUAUUAAUAACAAGAGCGUCUUGAGAUUCGUGAAACUGCAGAUUGAGAGCAACUGGGGUCAUCCAGAGUAUACCUGCUUGUACAACUUCAGAGUCCAUGGGAAUCUGCCAUAAGUGUCUGAAAUCAUUUAAAAAAAUAAACAUGUUCACAUGAUGCAUAAAA